GGCAGGGGCGCCUGAACACAGCGAGGUGGAGGCAUGUGAUAAAUCACACACUCCUUAAAUUAACUGAUGCAUCUUAAAUCGAAGGAUCCAGUCCAAACCUCCAGAAGAUCUGCAGUUACGACUUGGACCAACUUGGAACACCCACUGAGUCAGACGUGCUCCGCUGCUGAGCAGAACCAAGAUCUUCAAGGCAAACAACAAUAGCUGCAUCCUGAAAGGGACUGUUCAGAGGCUGUGAAGAAUGCAGAGGACCCGGCGCUCCUGUAGCCCCACCAGGGCACCCUCCACUGGCCGCAGCCCUGCUAGGGCACCCCCGGUCAAGGGGGGCAGCUAUAACUCAGAGCUAAUGCGAAUCCUAAGGGAGAGGGAUGAGAUGCAGGCCAUGCUGGACAGGUAUGAGCGACACCUGUCGGAGGUCCAGGCCAACAUCAAAGUCCUUAGUACUGAAAGGGACAAGAUCAGUAUGCAGUAUCAACAAGCCCAGGAGGAAAUUGUACAGCUCCGCCGGGAGAUGAUGAAAUCAAAACUGCCACGCUCACCGAAGAUCAACAUGACAGUCCAGACCAUCUUGAAGCGUUUGGAGGCAGAACGGGACAAAUUAGAGGCUGACCUAAGGCGCAUGACCACAGAAAGGGACAGCCUAAGGGAGCAGCUGAAGAUAUCUCAGGAGACAGCCAUUAGCAAUCGAGCACACCUGGAGCAGAGAGUGGAGGACCUGCAGACCACCAUUCUCACACUAGAGCAGGAACGUGGUGAGCAGAAGAGCAGGCAGACCUGGAUGAAGGAGGCUGUUACAAGGCUGGAGGAGGAGGUUCACAAUUGGAGCUCCAAGAUGGCUGUCACUGAGGAAGAGCUGAGCAAGGCCAAGACAGAGUGUAGCAUACUGAGGUUGUCCAACAGCCAGGUGGAGAAUGCUCUGAGUGAGAGCCAGCGCAAGCUCACCUCCAAGAUCGCUGAGCUGCAGAGCACCCAGGAGAGAAACAAGCAGAUGGAUAAGAAGAACGAGUCAUUAAAGCAGAUGCUCACAGGCCUCAGGGAGGAGGUCAGUACUCUGCAAAUCACACUCGGUGAGCUGGACCAGCGUAGAGACACUCUGCAGGAGCAGCUGGAGGUCAAGAAUACCCUGCUCACCACAGCCAAUGAGCAGCUAGAGAACAAGGAGAAAACUAUGAGAAGUCUACAGGUCUCUGUGGAGGAGCUGGAGAAGUCAGUAAGGAGUAUACAGGGGAUGCUGAGCGAACGGGAGCAUGAGUUAGAUGCCACACAGAUGAGGCUGAAUGAAGUGUGCAAAGAGCUGACCGCUGCAGUGAAGGCAAAGGAGGCAGCUCUGCGGGAGAACACCCAACUCCAAGCUGACCUGGAAAAAUCCCGGCUUGAAAGCCAGGUGGCAACCCAGACAGGAGCUUUGAAGCGUGAGGCUGACAACUCCAUCUUGGAGGCAAUGGACCUCAAACGGAAGAUCCAGGACUACGUUGCUGACAUUUCCAGAAUGGAGGACCUUCUGGCAUCCAAGGAACGGGAGUGCCGGGAGCUGCAGGAGAGCCGGCGCCGGAUGUCCAUUCAGGCAGAGAGCUGGGAGGAACAGGCUCGGCAGGCAGAGGGAGUUGCCAGUGAGAUGCGGCUUGAGCUGCUCACCUCCGAGACUGAGAGGCAGAAGCUCAAGGAUAAGGUGGAGGGCUUAGAGGCCAGCCUGCAGGAGGCUCUGUCGGCAGAGCGAAGUGCCAAUAGCCAGGUGUCACAGCUGAACCGCAGUUUGCUUCAGGCUGAGGAGGAACUACGGCAGGCCCAGUCAGAGCGCACUGCUGCUCAGAGUGAGCUGGAGAAGACCCGUCAGUUGUGCAUCAAGCUGGAUGACAGCAAGGAGUUGGUGUUACAAGAGCUGGACUCCUGCCGCUCGGAGGUGGAGCUGCUGCGGAAACAGCUGGUCACUGAGCGGUUAUCGCUGCGAGACCUGGAGGCCAUGCUGAUGUCCUUGCGCGAGAAGGAGCACCAGCAGCUCCUCAACUCUCAGGAGAGGCAGACUGAGCUACAGCUAUUGAGGGACAAGCUAAGCACAGCAGAAAACAUUGUGAGCUCUCAGAGCAGGGAGGUGGCCCAGAUCAGGACACGGUCCGCGCAGCUGGAGGCUGACCUGGAGAUGACCAAGAGGCAGCUCUCCACGGAGCGUUUUGAGAGGGAGCGGGCGGUCCAGGAGCUGCGUCGGCAGGGCCUGUCUACCGCUCUGCGGCCUUCUUCCCCCCUGGCACACCGCUCGCACAGCCCGCGCACCUCUUGGUCUCCCGAACACACUUACCACGGCCCUUCUGGCCACCUGCUGCCCGAACGCUCCCUGGAGAGGAGCGUAAUACUCAGGGACCCGUAUGACUGAACCCAGUAGAAGGCGCUGGACUACUACCAUCUCCAGUGGGAUAAUGUCAGCCUUCCUCAUCAAAACUUCAUAAAUUCUCAGAGGACUCUCUGAAUGUAGACUCUCAUAGCGGUAGAUCACUGAUUGUUUGUUCAAGCACAUGAUAACAAUGUAAAUGUGGUUUUACAGUAUUUGCCUAUGUAUACCCCUUUAUCUUUAUGAAAAUCUACAGGACUGCUGUGGUACAGUAAGUAUGUUUAAUGACUACAAUCAUUUAGUUUCCCCCAAAGUGUGUUUUUGGCAUUCUGAUUUAUAUUUUUGUA